AUGUCUUCCACAUCUUCCGAAUCACGGACUCUCGUUGUGGAAUCGGGUUCGUCAUCUGAGACCGAUGUUCACUUUUUGCAAAAUGCGGUUCAAUGGAUGGACGACACGGCAAACUCUAACGACAUUCAACACCGUAGAUACGUCAAUCGAGAACGUGAAGUCGGUCAUCAAAUACUACUAAAUGAUUGGUUUGUUGACGAACCAGAAUACGACGAUGUUUACUUUCGAAAAACGUAUCGUAUGGAGAAAACCAUGUUUUUAAAAAGCGUCAAUGACAUCCAAGCAAAUUUUCCAUAUUUUCAAGAAGGGUUCGAUGCGCGUAGGAGAAGAAGCUUUAGGACGAUACAAAAAGUGUGCUCGGCGGUACGUCAACUCGCUACGGGCAAUCCGCCCGACGAGUACAAUGAGUACUUGCAUAUGGCCGCUCGAAUCGGGCGCGAGUCUCUUGACCAUUUUUGUGACGCCAUCAUUAAGUUGUAUGGUCAAGAGUACUUACGUAGGCCUACUCAACACGACGUUGCUCGCAUUUUCGAGGCACACGAACAACACCAUCACAUGCCGGGGAUGCUUGGUAGCAUCGAUUGUACACACGUCGAGUGGUUAAAUUGUCCUAGACACUUGAGAGGACAAUAUACGAGAGGCGACCAUGGCGUUCCUACUAUUAUGCUUGAGAUCACCGCUUCUCAAGAUACCUGGAUUUGGCAUGUUUAUUUUGGUGCUCCCGGUUCAAACAACGACAUAAACGUGUUGAACCAAUCCGACUUGUAUCUCACGGAGCGAAAUGGCACGACCUCGGAUACUUCUUUUGUCGUUAAUGGUCGAGAGUACAGACGCGGUUAUUAUCUAACCGACAACAUCUACAGCAAGUACUCGACGUUUGUAAAAGCAUACCCGUAUCCUACUGACCCGAAGGAGAAAAGAUUCAAGAAGUUACAAGAGGCGGCGAGGAAAGAUGUGGAGCGUGCAUUUAGGCUUCUAAAAGGGAAAUGGAAAAUUCUUAGGCGUCCUCUUCGACCCAUGAUCAAAGACAAGAUCGAGCAGUAUGUUUAUGCGGCUUGUAUUUUACACAACAUGAUCAUAAAAGGCGAUGGCAGAGCAAUCUCACCGGUUCACAUAAUGGACCCGCCGGUCCAACCAGUGUUCGACUAUAGCGUCUUAGGUGAGCUACUAAACGAAGACAUCCAUCAUUGUCUUCGUUAUGACCUCACCGAACAUGUGUUUAUCUUGUCUAAGAGACGGAUUAAGGUUGUUGGUGGUGUUUAUAAAAACCACAAGGACGAUAUUAGCAUUUAA